GCUAUUGUAGUGGUUAGAAAUCAGCUGCUCCUCUAGUGGUUGGUUUUAGACAUGGCGUCAACGUGGAAGUUUGUUUUUAGCUUCUGCCUUUCUAAUGUAGUUUGAACUCCAUGCACAUCCUUACACAGAAAAAAAAAUAUGAUGUAAUUUACAAAAGCUGGAUAUGGACAUGUUGAAUAAGCUGACCGCGUUGUUCCAGCAAGCGCUGGAGACGCGAGAACCGACUGUUAAUCUACAAGACUCAUUUAUAGAGCACUGGAAGGGAAUUACCACCUAUUAUGUUGAAACCACAGACGAAUCACAGCCUGCUAAAAAGACUGACAUCCCAUGGCGUUUAAAACAGAUGCUGGAUAUUUUGGUUUAUGAAGAGAAGCAACAAGAGUCUGAAGAGAUGGGACCAUGUAUGGAGUAUCUUCUGCAGCACAAAAUCUUAGAAACACUUUGCACAUUAGGGAAAGCCGAGUAUCCUCCUGGUAUGCAGCAACAAGUUCUUGUAUUCUUCUCCAGGCUUUUAGCACAGAUCAGGCAACCUUUUCUUCACAUUGUUACUGUAUACCGGCCUGUUCAGAAGUUGAUACGUCUAUGUGGAAUUACUCCUGGAGCACAAACUGAAAGGGAGGAAGCCAUGUUUCUGAACAUGAUUUGCACAAAACUGAAGCAAGAUCCACGUCUCUUCACAUAUAUUCUUGAGGAUAUUUGUCAACACAAGGACAAAAGCAAUAGUUUUACCACAGAUAAUGGAGCCCAUGCUCGAGAUAUAAACAUGUUUGCAGAAGAUGCAUCCAGUCCAAGCCAAGUGUCCUCUGUUACUGCUGAGCAUUCUGCAAUGAAAAUGGACAUUACUGCUCAGUCUGAUGCCGUUGGAAGCCCAGAUACAGCAAAUGCUUACUCUUUGUCUCUUUCUAAAAAAGCAGAAACCAACUUGGUCCGUGCCUUAAUUAAGUUGAUUAAAAGCAAGAAAAACAAAAUUGCCUUGAAAGCAUACGAGACUCUGCUGAUAUUAGUUAGCAUACCAAAGUGUGAGAUAGCCACUUAUCUAUGUGAAAACACUGCACUUUGCACAUUGCUCACAGAUUGGCUAUGUGAACUUUACAACCGGAUCCCUUCUUCUGUAGACCCAGUGGAUGCAGAGACUGUUGAAAAAGUUAUUUGGAGGUCAUAUUUUUCGAAAGCCUGCACAAAAGAUGGGGAUUCCUUUCAAGGAAAAGAACAUCUUGAAGCCUUUUUAUUUUGUGUGGAUUUCUGUGACCAAGUCAUGAAGGAGGCCCACACAGUGAUGGGAUUAACUUUGGCUAAAGCCAUCCACCAGAAGUGGCUUAUGAAACAUCUGCAGCCACAACUUUUCCAGAUGUCUGAAGCAGGAAUGCUGAUUGCCACCAUUUUUUUACUUUUAUUUUUGCGUCAGAUAUCAUCAGCUGCAAUGCUUGAAGAAACUGUGCUGUUCUUAUUAGGAAACCAGAAAGAGCCAGAACUUCCUGGGGUUAUAGAAGACCAUGCUUUGAGGACUCGCCUUGUAGAACAUUGUGAUCAUAUAUCUGAUGAGAUUAGUCUUGCUACUAUGAAAUUAUUUGAAGAGCUGCUACAGAAGCCUCAUAAAGACAUUGUGCAUAACCUUGUGUUGAGGAACCUGCAGGAUCGUGGAUAUAUUGCACGCAAUAGCACUUGGGGACAAGAGGAUAAAUAUGUUCUGGAUGCUGAUCAAAUGGAAGAUACUGAAGAGCUUGAGGAGGAUCCUUUUUUCACAGACAUGUACCCUACAAAUGAAUUUGUGUCACACCCAGUGCUGCCUUCCUUUCCAAAACAAAAGCCAGAAAGUUCUGUAGGCCAUGUCCCAGUAAAGGACAUCGUAAACAGUUUUCUGUGCCUUGUGCCUCAAGAAGCUAGAACCUCUCAUCAUGUACAGGAAGCAGAAUUUGAAUCUUACAUUCAUGAUGCUAAAUCAUUGUUUGAAGCCUGCUCUGCCUAUUCACUUCCUUGGGGUUGGCCUCUAUUGCUAAAGCCACUAGAAUUAUGUCACCCUGACAGAGAGUUCUAUGAAGGCCAUUUCCUAAAGGUUAUGUUCAACAGACUAUCUCAGAUUCUGGACCAGCCUUACGAACUGAACUUGCAAAUGACUUCUGUCCUUUCAAAACUUGCUGUGUUCCCACAUCCUCACUUGCAUGAAUAUCUCCUUGAUCCAUAUAUCAGUCUUAGACCAGGAGCCACAUCUCUGUUCUCUGUGCUAGUAAGGGUCAUUGGAGAGCUCAUGCAGAGAAUUCAGCAUAUUCCUACCUUCUCAGAAAAGCUGCUGCUUGUUCGCAAACAGCUGAUGGGGUUGGAACCUGAAACAAUGCUGGAUCACAUAACUCUCCUGAAAGGCGUUAUUAUCCUUGAGGAGUUCUGCAAAGAGCUAGCAGCAAUUGCAUUUGUCAAACACUCUGCUAAAGAACAAUAAGGUUCUUUAAUGUAAACUGAGCUGUAGGAACUCAUGUGCUUUCUGUUGUUGUUCAGGUAAAUUCUGUGAUUUGUAUGAUUG